AUGACAACCUAUGCAAAUUCAUCAACGUGGACGUCUUUUUUGAAGUCUAUUACUUCGUUUAACGGUGACUUGUCCUCUUUGUCAGCACCACCUUUUAUCUUAUCGCCAACUUCAUUAUCUGAAUUUUCCCAGUACUGGGCAGAGCAUCCUGACUUAUUUUUAGGUCCUGCCUUCAUCAAGAAUGAAUCCGAUGCUUCCAAGAUUUGCCCCGGUAUUGAUGUCGAAUCUCCGGAAGUCGCACGUAUGUUGGCCGUGGUUAAAUGGUUUAUCUCAACACUAAAGAGUCAAUAUUGUUCACGUAGUGAGAGUAUGGGCACCGAAAAGAAACCAUUAAACCCAUUUUUGGGUGAAUUGUUCGUCGGUAAAUGGGAUAACAAAAAUCAUCCAGAUUUUGGUGAAACUGUUUUAUUAAGCGAACAAGUAUCUCACCAUCCACCAAUUACCGCUUAUUCAAUUUUUAACGAUAAAAAUGAUGUUAGCCUACAGGGUUACAAUCAAAUCAAAUCAUCAUUCUCCAAAUCUUUAACGCUUAGCGUCAAACAAUAUGGUCAUGCACUUUUGUCCGUCGGUAAAGAAUCUUAUCUAAUCACUUUACCACCUUUGCACGUUGAAGGUAUUUUAGUUGCAAGUCCAUUUGCCGAAUUAGAAGGUAAAUCUUAUAUCCAAAGUUCAACAGGCUUAUUAUGUGUGUUAGAAUAUUCCGGUAGAGGCUACUUCUCCGGUAAGAAGAACUCUUUCAAGGCAAGAAUCUUCAAGGAUUCAAAAGAUAGUAAAGAUAAGGAUAAAGCGCUAUACACCAUAUCUGGUCAAUGGUCCGGAUUAUCGAAGAUUUCCCAAUCAAAUAAACAUAAAGAUGACGGCGUUUUGUUUUACGAUGCUUCAAAGAACCCAACUGAGUUGUUAAACGUCAAAGAUAUAAAGGAUCAACACCCACUUGAAUCAAGAAGGGCAUGGAAGGAUGUAGCAGAAUCAAUUAAACAAGGCGAUUAUGAAAACAUUACGAAAGCAAAGACCGAAUUGGAAGAAUCUCAAAGAUCAAGAAGGAAAGAAGAAGUAUCAAAGGGCAUCCAGUGGCAACAGAGGUGGUUCAAAGGUGUCGAUUAUUCUCAAGCCCAAGAAGACGAUUUUUCAUUGUUAUCUGGUUUAGCUAAUUUAUCAGUAAAGAAUUUGUUUAGUGGUACAACUACUGAAGAUAAGGAUGAAAAGAAAGACGUCCCAUCCUUACAUUGGAGAUUCCAAAGGGCGGCGUGGGACAACGAGAAGGAGAUUCGUCUUUCCGGUGCAAGCUCUUCAUAG